AUGUCCGACAAGAAGGGAAAGAAAUCGAACGACAUUUUCUCCCAGUUCCAGGAGGAUCAUCGCCCCACCUCCGAGCAGCUGGCCAUCUACUUCCCCAGCGCUCUUGCCCUCACCCUCAUCCCCCUCUAUCUGUUCUACUCCAUCUUCGGCCUCGAGCUGUACACCUACCUUCCCCUCUUCGGCGUCGUCUCGGUGGGCAGCGCGCUCAUCCUCACUCUCGCCUACCACAACAUUGCGCACUGGCUCAAGACCAGGCUCGUUUCUCACCGUGAGGGCCUCGUCCCCAAGAGCGGCAAGGACAAGAAGGAUGUGUUGGCCAAGAAGAAGCAAGAGCAGAUUCAGGUGACCCAGCGCGAGUCGAUUGCCUUCUCCAUCCUCUACAACAACGCCCUCUUCCUCUUUGGCGUGAUCGUGCUCGGCUUCUUCGUCUUCAAGUCGGCCUCCGCUCCCUUCAACUACGUGCUCUCGGUCUCCCUCUCGGCCGCCGCUCUGUCCUUCUUCUCGGCCAGCUCUGUGUAA